AUGUCGGAAUCAGCCGCAUCAGACGAGAGCGCAAAUGUUGCCAUCCAGCCGACAAACCCGUCGCUGUACUGGGCGGGCGUCAACGGCAUGGACCCGGAGCACUGGCCCAACGUGCUGAUGGUGGACUACAUUGGCGUGCAGCAGCGGGACCAAUGGGCGUGGGACCGGCUGAGCGCCGUCAUGGAGGCCAUCUCAAUGGCGAGAGAACGAAGCCGUUCGACCUCCUCAUGA